AUGAAUCCGCCAGCUUCAUUCUCUUCACUUCCACCAGAGCUGGUCUCCAAGAUCUGCAGCGACCCUGGUCUUUCAAAGAAAGAUCUCGUCGCUCUUCGUCUCACCAGCAAAAGUCAACACAUCCACGUAUCUGCCACGAGGGCUUUCGGCAAACGCUACUUCACCAAAGUUCCGAUCCUCUUCACCAAGUACAGCCUGGAAACUUUCGCCAAGAUUUGUCAACACUCGAUCUUCAGUGCUUGCAUUCGCACAGUUGAGCUCUCGUGUGCUCGUACUGGUUCAAGGACUUUCAAUUAUACGCUCAGGGACCUAACGCAUAGACGACUGAGCCGCAAUGAGAUUCUGCAGCGGGCACAACUUCUUGCUGAAAGAUGCGACAACGAAGAGAAGCUUGACGUCGAGGAUGCUCGAGCUAAAUUCGUGCAAGCAUUUGCGCAGCUUGCAAAGUCUGAUCACAGUAUUGCUCUUGCUGUUUCAAGUAACGAGUUCAUGUCAAUUGGUGAGAGCAAAGUCUACGAAGCAAGCACGGCAUCAGACCGUUGGUACGCAGACAUCCCUUCCGCUGUAUGGCUCCUGCUCUUUUCCGCAAUGAACACUGGUUGCAAGGUACACAAACUCGAGAUCUACACUUUUGCACAACGUUACAUCAAUACCAUCACCAACGAGCAUUAUCCUCUAUCUGAGCUUUUGCGUUCGAUCCCCGAGCUCGAUCUCGACUUGACGCUGGUAGCCGCUAGGUCUACCGUUCCUCCUGGUGCCCUCCAAGUGUUGAAUGACCUACUAUCGUGGAGCACCAACGUGAAGAUCUUGCACGUCAGGCUGAGUCUGAACAACACCAAAUACGACGACUUUGAGAGCUUCAGCAAGUUGAUCUCGGCCUUGCCUUUCGAAGAGCUUGACAUGAAAUGCGUGCAAAUGCUUCACGAUGUUCUGAUCAGUCUGAUGAAAGGAUUGGGUCGAACAUUGCGUCGUCUGACAAUGAGCGAGUGUUUCAUUACCGGUUCCUGGGACUCAGUCCUACUUCAUAUCCAGCAGCAUCAGCACGGCUUACAGUUUCUCCAUAUCAGCAGGUGCAACGGACCAUGGAAGAAGGUCACGAAAACGUACGAGGGAAAUGCAGAUAUUCGCUCGGGAGUUGCAGAGCUGCUCCAAGCAAGGCAGCUCGUAUACAACCUCGACGAUGACGAUGAUUCAGAUACGGAUGAUCUUAUAGUAUUGGACUGA